AUGGCCUUUCGUCGUCCUGUAUUGAAACGCAGGCGACUUGAUAAAAAAACACGGGUUUGGCUUUCCAUUUCUCGGAAAGGGGACAAUCCCAAUGCUCGUAAAAGAUACAGAUUUGCCAGGAGACCUAAUCGUAAACCACAGGCUACAGUUUCCUUUGCUCGUAAAGAAAGUAAAAAUUUCCCGACAUUUGAUUAUAGGACAAAAAUUACGCUUGCCAAAUCUCGUAAACUAGACAGACAUCCUUUGUCAAUGGUUUUUAACGAUUUUGUUGAUUAUGGGUCUGCCUUGCGUUCACCUCUGCCUUCCACUUUACGGCGUUUCGCAGUUUUUCCUAGAUAUAGGACGUUGCUUUGUCUAUUAAGAUCGUUUUGGGACCCGUUGGCCUCGAAUAUUCUUUCCACUUAUUUUCGAGAUUACGCUCGAAAAUAUCGAGAGAAACAUCCUAUCAUCAGCAUCAAACAGCAGGCAGAAAUUUCAAAGGAAUUAAGGGAAUGGAUAAAGUUGGUCGAGAGAUCAAAUAAAGGUGAUCAGCGAUACAUUUUUGAAAUAUUAGCACGGGCUUAUUCCCAAUCUGGUCCGCUUCGACAACGUCGAAUUCAAUAUCUACAAAAUUCUGGUCCUCCUGCUCCUCAUGAGAAAGAUCUAUCCUCUAAAAUAGACUCCUCACAACUACCUUAUAUUUCCCCAUUGCUGCAGAUCGUGUUUCAAAAAAAUCAAGAGCAAGAUGUCAUAAGCAAAACCCCUGCUACUAUUUUCCAAACUCAUCUACAAGAGCUUUCCCAUCAGCCGCGAAAUGCUGUGAAUGCUUGUCAGAGAUCAUUCAAGCAAGUUUUACCUCGUAUCGCCUUGCCGCUCCUCCCUCACGAGCACGCCCAUUUGCACCAGUUAUUAUUUGAUGCUUGGACCCAGAAUCCUUCUCUAGUUUUCACAGUGAAAGAAAGAGGAGCGUUUACCGAAGAGUACAGAGGUGUAUUCUUCACUUUUUGGCUUCCGUUUGCUAUCUUCCCUACUACCCAAGCCGAACUUCUGAUCCAGUGGUUUGCUGGGAAAGUCUAA